AUGAAGAGGAGGGGAGUUUGUGUGGAGGAGCAGCCGUCCUGCUGUGCUUCCUGUCAGGACGUCCUGAAGGAUCCAGUCUCUAGCAGCUGUGGACACUGGUUCUGCAGACAGUGCAUCAGCUCAUACUGGGACCAGUCUGCUCCAUCAGGACACUCCUCCUGUCCCCAGAGUGGAGAAAGAUCCAGAACCAGCAGCUGUGGACAAAGUGUUGGUCUGCAGGAGGUUCUGCAGGAACAUAAGAUGAAUCUGAGGAGGAGAUGUGAACAUGUGACUGAAGGAAGUGAUGAAGCAGGAGGUGGAAUCCUCCUGAACAGGAUCUACACUGAGCUCUACAUCACAGAGGGACACAGUGGAGAGGCUGAUGUCCAACAUGAGGUGAUGCAUCUGGAGACAGCUUCCAAGAAGAGCCUCCAUGAAACUCCCAUCAGGUGCCAGGACAUCUUCAAAGCCUUACCUGAGCAGCAGAGAGUCAUCAGAGUGGUCCUGACUAACAGCGUGGCUGGUAUUGGAAAAACCUUCUCAGUGCUGAAGUUCACUCUGGACUGGGCAGAGGGUGGAGAAAACCAAGACGUCAGUGUGGUGGUGUUGCUUCCGUUCAGGGAGCUGAACUUGAUCAGAGAUGAGCAGCACAGUCUCCUCAUGCUGCUCCAUGUUUUCCAUCCAACAUUACAGAAGGUGACAACAGAGCAGCUGGCUGUCUGUAAACUUUUGUUCAUCUUUGACGGUCUGGAUGAAAGCAGACUUUCACUGGAUUUCACCAACAGGAAGGUUGUGUCUGACGUCAGCCAGAAGUCAUCGCUGGACGUUCUGCUGACAAACCUCAUGGAGGGGAAUCUGCUUUCCUCAGCUCUGGUCUGGAUCACUUCCCACCCUGCGGCAGCCAAUCAGAUCCCUCCUACACAUGUGGACAGGUUAACAGAAGUACGAAGCUUCGCCGACGGUCAGAAGGAGGAGUACUUCAGGAGGAGAUUCAGUGAUAAAGAGCCGUCCAGCACAGUCAUCUCCAACAUGAAGACAUCCAGGAACCUCCACAUCUUGUGUCGACUCCCACUGUUCUGCUGGAUCACUGCUGCAGUUCUGGAGCACAUGUUGACCACAGAGCAGAAAGGAGAGCUGCCCAAGACCCUGACUGACAUGUUCUCACACUUCCUGCUGGUUCAGACACAGAGGAAGAAGAACAUGUACCAUGAGGGACCUGAGACAAGUCCACAGGAGCUGAUGGAGGCUGACAGGGAAGUUCUUCUGAAGCUGGGGAGGCUGGCCUUUGAACAGCUGCAGAAAGGAAACAUCAUGUUCUACCAAGAAGACCUGGAGCAGUGUGGUCUGGAUGUGACAGAGGCCUUGGUGUUCUCAGGAGUUUAGGCACAGAUCUUCAGGAGAGAGUGUGUGACGUUCCAGAAACCAGUCUACAGCUUUGUUCAUUUGAGCAUUCAGGAGUUUCUGGCUGCAGUCUACAUGUUCCACUGUUACACCAACAGGAACACUGAGGUGCUGAAGAAGUUCCUGGGAGAAGAGCGGAAUGAUCUUUAUUUUGGUGAUGAUGAUCCUUAUCUUGGUGAUUUUUGUGAUUUUGAUGAAGAUGAUGAUGAUGAUGAUGACGACAACACAGACAUCUCAUCCCUGGAUGUGUUCCUGGACAGAGUCAUGCAGAAAUCCCUCAGAAGCAGAAAUGGUCACCUGGACCUGUUUGUUCGCUUCCUUCAUGGCCUCUGUCUGGAGUCCAACCAGAGACUCUUAGGAGGUCUGCUGGGUCGGACAGAGAACCGUCCAGGAAUGGUCCAGAGAGUCAUCAACAACCUGAAGAAGAUGAACAAUUAUGUAUCUCCAGACAGAAGCAUCAACAUCUUCCACUGUCUGAUGGAGAUGAAGGAUCUCUCAGUACAUCAGGAGAUCCAAGAGUUCCUGCAGUCAGAGAACAGAUCAGAGAAGAACCUCUCUGAGAUCCACUGCUCAGCUCUGGCCUACAUGCUGCAGAUGUCAGAGGAGGUUCUGGAUGAGUUGGACCUGGACAAGUACAGAACAUCAGUGGAGGGGAAACGUAGGCUGAUUCCAGCUGUGAGGAACUGCAGAAAGUUUCGGUGA